AUGAAUCUGUUUUUUGGAGGAAAGCCUAGCCCGGCGCCCGUUUUGGGCGAUCAAAUAAUACCGCUUCAUUUCUUUGAGAACAGCCCACUCGUACAAGGGAACAAUAUGGCCGUCUCUCUCGUUUUCGAUGAUGUUCUUGACCCGGAGAAGCUUCGCGGAUCUCUCGAGGGCCUUGUUAAGCGGGAGGGUUGGCAACGCCUUGGGGGCCGGCUAAGGAAGAAUGCUGUUGGGAAGAUUGAAUGGCAUAUCCCCGCCGAGUUCACGGCCGAGCGGCCUGCAAUCGCAUUUGCCCAUGUUGAUCACGGCAUGCCAGCCGCUUCCCAUCCAGCAGCCUCCAAGAUACCACGGCCCAGUAGUAAGCCUGCCGUGUUAGGUGAUCCAGACGACCUCGCAGAUUUGGCGUGGGAAACGGGUUACAGACCUGGGGGAAUUAGCGACUAUCUCACUUCCGAUCGUCCAGUCUUGGGUCUGCGCGUCAACUCUUUUACUGAUAAGACUGUGGUGGUCUUGCAAUGGCAGCAUGUAGCAUUUGAUGCCCUAGGCAUGCAGUACGUCGUAGAAGGCUGGAGCUCUAUGCUAUGGGGCAAGGCGGAUGCGAUUCCAACACCAUGCGGAUUCGAUACAGACCCCUUUGAUGCUCUAGCUCAAGGAUCUCGCCCAGUCACGGAACAACAUGUCCUGGCUGAUAAAAGAGUUGGCUUAGGCGGCAUGCUCCAAUGGGGUCUUGGUUAUGGCGUCGAUAUGCUGGUUCGUGCCAAGGAGAAUCGCAUGGUUUGCGUCCCCGAAACAUAUUGGCGAAUGCAGUUUGAUAAGGCUUUGGAAGAGCUCCGCGCGGAGGCAAUCGAAAAAGGAGAAGAUAUCGCAAAAGUUUUCUUGACUGAAAAUGACAUAUUAACGGCUUGGAUCAUUCGCUGUAUCGUUGCAUCCAUGGAUAUGAGCUCAGAUAGGACGGUUGCUGCGUCUAUAGCCAUGUCUCUGCGGAAAGCUUUUGAAGGCGAUCUGAUUCCACCUUCAGCAGAACAUCCCUAUGUCGGUAACGCUUACGGAUGGGCCAAUGUGUUGAUCAAAGCAGGCGAUAUCUUCUCUAGGCCAUUGAGUUGGCUUGCAUGCCAGGUUCGAAGGGCUAUCAACGAACAGGGAACAAAAGCACAACAUGAAGCAUAUCACAACAUGGUGCGUACGUCCUACUCCGGCCUCCCUGUUAUCAUCUUUGGCGAUGGCACAAUGGCUCAGAUUGGCUUCUCCAACUGGUCGAAGGCGGGUCUGUUCAACCUUGAUUUUGCACCAGCUCGAAAAGUUUCCAAGGGCGAUGUUCCUUGCAGACCAUCGUAUGUCCAGGAAAACCAUGGCCCUAUCAAGCCUGCAGAUGGCUGGUUUAUCUUUGGAAAGGAUGACAAAGGAAACUACUGGAGUUCUUCAUAUAAGGUGAAGGGGCAAUGGGCCAAGUUCCAGGAGCAGCUUGACAACGACUUUAAGGACGCUUGA